AGCUAGGCGCAGCAAGAGGACCGUGGUAUCGUGAGCGACAACCUCUGCUGGGCACUUUCCGGAGGGUGCUUUCCACAUCUCCGCGAUAGCAGGUAGAUGUGCGUUAUCGAUCAGGUAUCCGAACGCUCCCCCGCUCUGCCGGUACUCUUUAUGAACUGUUGCGUGUGGACUUCGAGAGGGGAGCCUCCACAAUGAGCUGAGAGACGACAUGCCCGGUCGCUCUCCCAACCCACCAAAAGUUCACUCCUCCUGGGAACAUGCGUGUCUCCCUGUGACCCCUCCGCUGGGACGGAGAAGUCGUCUCGCCGCCCCGAAGGAGGCUUUUAGGAAGAGAGAAAAGCCCCUCGUCUCCCGCUCAGGGCGCAAAUGUACAUCACCGACCUCCGACCUCCGGGCCAAGCCAUGAAGAAGGACUGUGUCUCGGGGACCCCGAAGAAGAAGCCGAGCCCUGGCUCUGUCCCCCGAGCUCUAAGCUGGCUGAGCUUCGCGUCGCUCACCAAGCAGACGGGGCAGCUGCUCCACAGUGACGGGCAGCUGGGGUCAGUGAGUCCUGGAGAUGACUGGAGGUGCACGUCCCAGCACAGUGACGCUGUCUCGAACCUGGAUGAAGAGAGUCGCUGGACAGUCCACUACAAGGUGUCACUUCACCAGCAGGAGAAUGUGUUCCUACCGUCGACCCGAUCGUCCUGCGUGGAAGACCUGCAUCGGCAAGCCAAGGUUAACCUGAAAACACUGCUGCGAGACUGUGAUAAGCUGAGGGAAGAUGGCUCUCGUAGUUCGCAAUAUUACUCCCAGGCCCCACUGUUCUCCUCAACAUCAUCUCAUCUGUCUGGAAAUCAUCUGGAUGAGGAGGAGGACCACGACCAAGUGCCCACAGUGUCAUCGCCGGACGAGGAAAAGCUGUUCCAUUCGAGGAGAUCGAAAACCCCAGUUCCCAAAGACCUCUCUGAGAUUGACAUCCAGACGAACUGGACCAAGGCCCUCCCACUGCCCACCCCGGAGGAGAGGAUGCGCCAACAAGCACAGGCAAUCCAGACGGACGUUGUCCCAAUAAAUGUAACAGGAGAGAGCUUUGAUCGCCAGGCCAGCUGCAGGCGAUCUCUCGUGCACUCCAACAGCCCCCUGAGACGCACGACGAAAAUCAAGCGGAGAAGGACCAUCACUGGCCUGCCUGAGGCCGUCCAGAAGGAACUAGGAACUGGGACGACUCCAGCCAGAGACUCCUGCACCACCCUGCCGGGCCAGUUUUCCACCCUGAGCCGACUGGAGAGCCACAGGCCGAGCCGAGCUCGCUCGAACACCAGGGACUCCUCCUGCCAGACGGAAGAGGUGAAGGUGGUGCCGCCUUCUGUCCGCCGGAUCCGGGCGCAGAAGGGUCAGGGGAUCGCAGCGCAGCUGUCUGGCUCCUCGGGCGACGUGUCAGCGGCCGGUGGCUCCCGGGCCCAGCCGGAGACGCGCUCCCACAGCCUGCCGAGGAGGCACGGGGCCCGGGUCUCGUUGCACCGACCGGGGGAGUGCGACCCGCUGUUCAGGCCCAGGACGCAGGAGAUCAGGGGUCCUCAGGAGGCGCGGGUCGCCUCGCCCGUUGCCCUGCGCUCCGAGACCGCGGCCGAGGAGGUGCCAGCGGAUCUCCAGGAGCACCACUGCUCCUCCAGCGGCAACUGGAGCGGCAGCAGCGGCGGUGACUCGGCUCGACAGUCCCCAGUCUCAGACACUCCGCCAGGGCCGCCCCCUUCCCCCUCCCUCUCCGCUGUCUGCCUGGCCCCCGUCCCGUGCCCGGAGAGCCGCGAGCGUACCCUGUCACGCAGUAUCUCGCUGAGGAAGACCAAGAAGCCGCCACUCCCCCCGACACGCACGGACUCCCUGCGCCGCCGGCCCAAGGGGGGUGGGGACACGGUGCUCAGCCCGUCACUGAUCGCCAGUCUGCAACGCUCGCUGGAAAGUGGGGGCGGACUGGGCCACCAGGAGGCUCCCGGCCUCCCUGCCGGGUCCUCAGCUUGCGGCGGCAGGGAGCCCGACCCCUGGUUUGUCCGUAGCUGCAGUCAGAGCAGCAGCAACAGCAGCGGCCGCUCGACGGGCGGCAGCCGGGCCUACUCCACACCGUCGCAGAGCGAGACCAGCAGCCUGCGUUCCGACGGCCCCGACACCUGGGCCUGCAACGGUGCCGAGGCCGAGGGCUGGCGGGCUGGCGGUGUGGCCUGGGAGCCGGCCUCCCGGCCCCAGGGCGGCCGCUCGCCCGACCGGGGGCUGGGCCUCACCUCGCCCUCCAGCGGCUACUCCAGCCAGUGCAACACGCCGACCGGCGCCGGCCCCUCGCACCGGGCCUCGCCCCGGCCUGCCAAGCCCAAGGUGCCCGAGCGCAAGUCCUCCCUCCGCUCCUCGCUCUCCACUUCCUCCUCCUCCGCCUCGCUGUCUUCCAGCGCCUCUGAGUCGCGGCUCCCACCCCCAGCCGGUCCUGCUGACCCUCAGCCCUGUGCUGGGGGCCCUCUGCCUGCCUUACCCUACCCUGUUCCCCCACUGCACUUGCUGUCCCCUCCUGGAGCCCAUAGACUAGUUUCAAAUCCUCCCACUCGGUCUCGACCUGCUUCCCCCCCUCCCAAUGCCCCUAUGCUGCUGUCACCUCCUCCCACCUUCCUCCUGCCAACGUCAGCCCCCCCCACUAUCUGUCGAAUCACUUCCCCCCCUCCUCCUCCUCACGUGCUUGCUUCAGUGCCUCCCACGUCACCCCCUCCGCCUCCUCCUCUUCCGCAAGCACCCCCUGAAUUGUCCACAUCACCCCCUCUCCCUCCUCCCCCUCCUCCUGGGCCAGCCCCUCCCAAUCUCCCUCUGCCCUCGCCGCCGCCUCCAGCUCUUUUCGUGACCCCGCCCUGCACCUUCCCUCAGCCCACAUCGCUCCCUCUGGCCCCUCCUCUGCUCACGUCACCCCCUCCGGCCCCUCCUCUGCCCACGUCACCCCCUCCCGCCGCUACCCUCCCUGCCCCGCCCCCGCUGGACCCGAAGGCACUCCGCGGCCAGGGGAAUCCUCCACGCUCCCCGCUCCUUCCCAGCGCGGAUGGUUCCAAGGCCCCCGCGGGCCCGCCCCUCGUCACGGCUGAGGCCUUGCGCUCAGUGCAGCUGAGGAAAGCGAAGUCCGAGCCCCCGAGGGCGGUCACGCAGCGACCCUCGUCCCCUCGCGGUCCCGUCGGGCACCCUCAUCAUGCCAGAGGAGAGGCCACCCCCAGCGCUGCACCGGUGAGUUCAAGGAGCGUCAGUGAGUCCGCGACUACAGCCACGAUCAGUGGGGAGCUUCUGUUAACGUCCACGCGGGAACCGCUGCCCUGUGGCCCCAGCCCCACUGACCAGGGCAGCGGUGCAGACGGCCGGACUGACUGGGUACAGGCACCAGAACAAACACUGACACCCGAGAAGUCCAAACCGCCCAGCAGGACCCCUCCUCCCAUUGCCAGAAAGCCCAAGCUCACUCUCCCAGUCCCGCCCUCGCAUUGGGACCUCCGCGCGCAUGACAGGCGGCCACCAGAAACGGGCCACAGCCUGGCAGAGGCUGAUGGGAUCGGUGGGGAGCAGGAGGGGAAGGGCACUGCCCCGGCCGGCAGAGCGGGGGACCACGCGUGCACAGUCGAUGAGAGGCCCGAGGAAAGCCAGAGAGACCCCGGAACCCAAGAAAAACAGGCCCCAGGAUCCUCCCCGACAUGGGAUCAUCUGGAUGAAGACAGUUACACAGCUUGCAAAGAAAAUGAAACCGAUGACGUGUUUGAAGAGAGUUCCAGCAGUUUAGGAGACUACAGUGAAGAGAUAAGCACCCCAAGCCGGCCGAGAACCACAGAGGACUUAUUUGCUGCAAUACACAGGUCCAAGCGGCGGGUCCUGGGCCGGAAGGAUUCGGAGGACGAGUUCAACCGGACGCAGCCCCCUCUGUCCCCUGGGACCCCGACUGGGGCGCUGCCCAGCCCAGGCUCACUCAAGCAGGCAGGCUCCAUCCAGAGGAGCCUGCGCAGGUCCAACACCAGCAGCGACAGCUUCAAGGCACUGCUGCUGAAGAAGGGGUGCCGGUCGGAGCAGAGCUGCCGCAUGUCGGCCGCCGAGAUGCUGAAGAGCUCCGACCCCAGGCACCGCCCGGGGGAGGCAGAGCGGCCGGCCGGCCGGCGGGGACGCAGCCCGCGGGAGGAGUGGGCCUCGCACGAAGGCCCGAUGCCCAGGGGCGCGGGGCUGGCGGCGGCGGCAGGCGUCCGCUACGGCCGCUCCCGGACCCCGCCGUCGGCCGCCAGCAGCCGCUACGGCGGCAGGCUCCACCUGCACCGUCUGCACAGCAGCCCCAUGACGGUGAUUCGCGAGGCCGAGGCCUGGGAGCCCGGCGAGGAGGGCCGGCGGCACAGCGAGAGUGAGGUCGUCGGACAGGGGGCGGAGCCCGAAAACAGUGAUGUAACACACCCAGAGGAACAGGACUGUAUGACAUCAACUCUGGGGGGCGUGGCAGAGAGCGCCGGCAAUAGAGCUGUCAGUCAGGACCGGGACUCUCUUACAUCACAAUCAGGGGGAGUGGCAGAGAACAGCACCAAUGGCGGAGCCAGCCUGGACUGGGACCCUAUUACAUCACAAUUGGGGGGAGUGGCAGAGAGCAGCACCAAUGGCAAAGUCAGCCAGCACCGGGACUUUUCUAUGUCGUCCCUGGCAACAGAGGUGCCAUCCAUGAUUGGGGGUCAUGAAGGACACCAAAGAAAGCAAGGAGACUGAUCUUAUCCCCUAAUGUUUUAUUUUCCUUUAUCAAGUCCUCAGAGACCAACUGAUGGCCAAGCCAGAUGGCAGAAUAGAAACACUUAGCCUUUCCUCGCCUGGGCUGCCACGAAGACCAGCCCUUGAGUAGUGCCUUUGAGGGAGGUCUGCUGAAGGAGAUUUGUUUGUAGGGGAAACUGAGGUCUGGAAAUCUGAGAUGAAUGCAGGAAUGGCACUUGUAUCGAUCAGUGUAGAGAGCAAAAGGCAGUCAGGCUAAGAUAUUUAUAGAGCACCCUUCCUGACAAGGGGCACCCCAGAAGCACUUCAGGGCCAAGGAGGCACUUUCUUUCCAAAACAAAAGGGGGGAAGAGUCAUUCAGUGGAGGGAACCAGUCACGGAGGACGAAUGCUGUGCCCAAUAUCUGUCGUGCCGAUAAAGUGAGUACUGUGUGGAAGGGAGAGGCUGCAAGGUGGCUAAGAGAAGGUGGAGUCAGUUGUCUCGAGAGGAGGAGGAAAUGGUAGAGAGAGAGGGGGGGGGCUCGGCCCAGAAGGCUGAGAGUAUUUUGAUGUCUUCAGGUUUGUUUUGUGUGGCAGAUACAGGUAGUUAAUUCCCCUUGGGGGAUGGAGCUGUGUACAGUGAAUUGUACUGAGACAGACUGUGGGUGUCUGUUUGGAAACCAGACAGGUUAGAGCCUCAUGACCAUUCCUGGCUGUAACCGUUAGUAGCAGGAGACAGGAAACAGUAUGUCCUGGAAGGGAAGGAUCUGUAAUGAGGUGUUUACAUUGAACUUUGACCAAUUUGAGGCAUUUCUAGCUGUUAGAUGAAUGAAUUGUAUGUUUGUAGUGUAAUAGUUUGAGUAGCUGUGGGACUUGGUCGACCCCUGUUAUUUCAGGUGGAUUCGGUUGGCUUAACUACCCCUGAGACGCGGAGGGUGGGGUAAAUCCCAGCUGGUGGUGCUUCUCUGUGUCUGCUGAGCAGCGAAGGGUGGUUGCCCUGCAUUUGCAGACCUGAGGCCUCAGCAGGAGGAAGGAGCUACAGGUCCCUGCUUGGGGGUACAGAUGCUUCUCAAUCCAUUUACUGUGUGGUGUUCUUUGGCGUUUUUCCCCCUGCGUUCAUGGAACAAUAAAACCGAUAGUUGGAUUGAUAAUGUGAAUUCACUGUGCCCAAAUCAGGGGUGCCAGAUGACACAAAGUCAACAACAUGGCUGUGGUGGCUAGACCCUCUACACUUCGACUCCGGUGCCUAAGGCUAGCCACAGAGGGCUCUUUCUGGGGAGUGAAGUUGCUGUGCGGGAUAGAAUGGCUGGGCAGGCAACAGCACAAAGGUGGGUCACUGUUGUGACCUCCUCACCCCCCCCACCAACAUUGUUGCUUGCCUUUUCACUCCCUCCCUGAUUCCCAACGAGCCUCAGCCUUUGUAAGGUGGGAACUCGAGAGGACUGGGAAACACUCACAGGGCGGUCACCAUCGAGAGAGAAAACAAAGUUAGCUUUCAGCUCCAGCAAUAAACUCGAAUUAUACUUAGCUUUAAAGCAGUGGUUAACAGGUUCUUGAUUAGUAAAGGUGUCAAAGAUUAUGGGAGAAGGUGAGAGAAUGGGGGUUGAAAGGUUAAUAAAUCAGCCAUGAUGGAAUGGUAGAGCAGACUCGAUGGGUUGAAUGGCCUAAUUUGCUCCCAUGUGUUAUGGCCUUCAGGGUGUCCCUGACUGCCCCAGCCAACUUACUGCCUAUUUUAAACAUGAGAUGCUGGAAACAUUGAGUAACACACACAAAAUGCUGGAGGAACUCAGCAGGUCAGGCAGCAUCUAUGGAAAGGAAUAAAGAGCAGAUGUGUCGGGCCGAGACCGUUCAUCAGGACUGCUCAUCUUCUGGCUGCUGACCCCCUUACCUGCCUCCCACUCCACCCCCGGUCUCUUGAGAACCCUUAAAAAGCACGGGUCCCGCUCAGUGCCUUGUCCCUCCAGCGCUGGGAGCAGUCCAAGCCUCCCUCAGUUCUCAGCACUGCCGCCUUGAGUCAAAGGAGGGCAGCGCGGCUCACUGCUGACAGCUAGUGGCGGAGCGCCGGAACUGCAGCAGCCUGACCCGAUUGUCACUGCCCAGGACACUGCACACGCUGGAAACAUUUUGUUGAGCCCUGUUAAGCGACUUUGUACAAGUUUGACUGUAACAUGGGGCAGGCACCCUGUCACUUUGCCAUCAAGUCUGGCCUAGUCCUGAUAGGGUUCAGGAGAAUCUGCAGAUGUUGGAAAUCCAGAACACAAAAUGCCGAAGGAACUCAGCAUGUCAGGCAGCAUCUACAGAGAGGAAUAAACAAUCGACAUUUUUCGUGCUGAGAUAGUUUGUCUCCAAUCCUGAUGAAAGGUUUCGUCGCGAAAUGUUGACUGUGUAUUCCCCUCCACAGAUACUGCCUGACCUGCUGAACUCCUCCUGCAAUUUAUGCGUGUGUUAGUCCUGCAUACUGACUGCCAACAAGGAGCAUUAAACAGAUACCAAACCCGACUGUUCAGUGGGGAAGUGGGGCAGUAAUGCAUACAUUCAACAUCAUUGAUUUAAGGUUGUAACCUUGAGAAAUUCGGUCCAAGCAUGACCCCAGCUUGUUCCUAAAAGUUAGCAAUGUUGAGCCGAGUGGGAGAAAGGAGGUUAGCGUUAUGGAUUUGAGCAGUGGUGCCUCGCUUGAUUAAAGAGUUCCGUCAGUACUUAGUGGCGGAGUAAGGUAGUGUGGAGAGAACGGCCAAGUUUGUUACCAGCAAGAACCGGAUGGAAGACUGCUUUAUUGCUGUUGGGAGAGUUGUGCAGAGAUAAAUAUGACUUGAAAAUUCUGAAUCUUGUGAUAAUGCUGGCAUCCAGUUACCAAAGACACGAAGCCUUUUCUACAGAAAAAAAAACAAAAAUCCAUGCGGUAUUUUUCAAGUUCAACAAGUAUUUUUUAACAGAAAACUGCACUUGCAAAGCCUUAGAUAUUAAAAUAAACUCAGAUUUGAAAUACACACCAAAAGUGGGAACUAAUUGUGCUCCUGUCUUCUGGUCUUAUCAGGCAUCAGAUAGACAGAUACUUCCUACAGUGUACCCCCUUUAUAAAUUGUUUUAAGGUGUACAAAGAUUGUAAAAUGUUCUCUUUUGGGGGGGGUGAUUUUCUUUGUGAACAGUUUUUGGGAAUUUGUACAUUUUAGUAAUCUGGGAUUUUUUAAAAGUGAAUUUGCAGAUUAUUUAUUUUAGUACAGAGGCAGAUUGGAGUUUACUUUUCCAUCUUGCCUCCAUUGUGCUUGCUCUUACUGAGGAAGGAAGGAGGGUGAGUAGAAAAGCCUUUACUUCCUUCCCGUGGGAAUUGCUGGAAGCUCCGUGACCUCUCAACAUGUCCUGUUCAUUUUGUACUCAGAAAGAUGCGGUGUUCUCAAAUAAAGCAACAGUUCCCUCUCAUGUACAAAAGACUC